UUAAUCUUCAUAAUCACUAAUCCCCUCCCCACCCAUUUAAAUAAAACCUCAAACCAGACCCUUCUAGACUACGCUAAAAAUACAGAGCUAUGGAGGUUCUAAGAAGGGUCAGCGGCGGUGGACUGUUAGCGGCGGUGCUGCUGCUGCUGGCGGCGGCGGUGUCGGAAGUUUCAGCUAAACGGUGGACUGUUGGUGAUAACAUGGGGUGGACGACCAAUGUGAACUACACUGUCUGGGCUGAAGGGAAGCACUUCUACUAUGACGACUGGCUCUUUUUUGUGUACGACAGGAACCAAAUGGAUGUGUUGGAGGUGAACAAGACAAACUAUGAGGCUUGCAAUUCUGAGAAUCCACUAAAAAACUUCACCACAGGAGCUGGAAGAGAUGUUGUUCAUUUGAAUGUAACCAGACCUUAUUACUUCAUAAGUGGCAAAGGGUUUUGCUAUGGAGGCAUGAAGCUCGCUAUCAAUGUUGAGCACCUACCGCCCCCGCCCUCGAGCUCACCCUUGAAUGAGAAGAGCAGUGCUCCAAGAUCAACCCACAUCGGCCACACCCCGUUCGUUUUAACCGCUGUUUUUGCAGCUGCUCGGGCCCUGAUCUGGUAAACCACCGGUGUUGUUGAUUGAUAUUGAAACAGAGGAGAUCUUGCUUCACCAAUUUGUGCAAGGAAGAUCUAGUUAGUCAUUGAAUCCAGUUUCUUUGUGUUAUCUUGUUGAUUUAAAAAUUUGUUGUUGUUGUUGUUGUUCUUGAUGUUCUUGAUGGGUGGUGGGUAUUAAACUCAUAGGGGUUGAGAUUUGAUAAUACUCAUAAUUUAUUUUGGCCAUUGAAAAUGGGUUUGGUUGCAGCAAGGGGCAAGCCACCACCACCAACCAUGUGAGUAUAGAUUCUUCUGUCUUUUAUGUUCAUUAAAUGAAUAGAUUGCUAAUUUGGAAAA